UGCAUUCCGGGCCGGCGGCCCUUUACCGCGGUGCUCCUCGGCGAUGGCGGUGCCGGGCCCGCGCGCGGACCGCUGGCCGCCGGCCUUGGCCGUGGCGCUGGCCGUGGCGCUGGCCUGCCUGGUGCUGCAGGGAUCGCUUCUGGGCGCGGCGCUGGGCGCGGCGGGGGCCUGGUGUGCCAUGCGGCCCGGCCCGCCCGCCCCGCGCCUGACCGCCACGCACCCGCCCGUACGGCGCUCGCAGGGCAAAACAGCCGCUAACGGCGGCCCGGCCGCAGGCACCGGCCGUGCUGAGAGCACCCUGUCCCGCCGCUACUGCCUCGGGGCCCCGCCGCAGACCGUGCGCCGCCGGUACCCGCUGCCGCCGGACCGGAGCCCCGGGACGGUUUUCCUGCCGGUCCGCUGGGACAGUCCGGUGCCCAGGGGCUCGCCAUGGGCCCGCCGCCCAGCCCCGCUCCGCAGCCCUGUGACUGUUAAGGUCGCCGGCCUGUCUCACUCUCCUGCCCUGACACAACAGAUCUUAGCCAGGAACUUCCAGGACAAAAGCAGCCCAGACCCCUGCGCCAAAGAGACGGUGCUCAGUGCCAUCAAGGAGUGCAGGAAGAGGCCCUUGCAGCAGGAGGACGACCAGGCUUUGGGAAGUGAUCAUGAGAACAAGAGGAGGCGCUGUGUCAGCAGUGAAACUGGGCAGUUGGCUAUAAAGACACCAGAAGCCAACGGUGCCCCCGCCUCUCUUGUACCAAAGCCUGAGGCUAUGAAGAGGGACCUUGACUCACACCACCCAGAGGAGUGCUCAAAAUCACACAUCUCUUCUCCCAGCAAAACAUACACUGCAGGGAUCCUCGGUUCUGAGCGCAAUGCCAUCGCCAGCUCCUACAGCUCGAGCCGGGGACUCCCACAGGUGAAGAGAAGGUGUGUGAGUGUGUCCCCACAGUUCAGCACAGCAUCCUCCUGCUGUGAGAUGCCAGAGUGGCCUCUUAAGAAAGGAAGGGAACGGGAGGUGCGGCAUUCCAGGAGUUGCACUCCAGUAAAAUUGGACAAGGCGCUGCAGACCGAGAAAGCUGUCGAGAGGCCUGAGCAGAAGCGGCGGCAGUCCCCAAGCCCGCCACCAUCACCGGGAAACGGAAGGCCCCGCAAGAGGAGCAUCUGCCUGCUGGUGCCUUGGGAUAAUGAACCCCUGGUGCUGCCCCCUGCGCCUGACCCGGGUUACCCCAUCACGGACGAGAUCAUCGAGGAGGAGAGGGAGGCAGCACAGCAGCGACUGCGCCGGCUCUUGCAGCCUAAGUCUGAUGUGGUCCCCAGCACCACUGCAGAGAAUAUGCCCAUGUCUGGGUCGCUGGCAUGCGCUGUGAGCUCACCGUGGCCUGCUCCUGCCCCAGCUAGCACCAGCUCGCUCCCGGACAGCCUGAAUCAGAUGCAGAGCAGCGCGGCUGCGCCCAUGCUUGCGGACUCCACUGGAGCUGCAGUAGUGUCCCAGCCACUUUCAUCAGCUGCCCAGCUGCCCGUUCCGGCGCUGUCGCUGGAGUUGAGUUCUCUGCCUGCCACCUCUGCUGACACCAAGCCUGUGCCUGUGCUGAGCACAUCUGCCCUGACUGUUCCUGUUGCCCCCAGUGGCACAACACCUCCUACGUUCACAGAGCUGGGCCAGACCCCCAGCAAGCCUCCCUCCUUCCCAAAGCCAAGCAUCCUUUUUGGGACGCCGGACACCCCUCCCUCCAACCAGCUGGCAAUGACUGCAGGUGCUGCUGCGCCUACCACGACCCCUGUCUUCAAACCCAUCUUUGGCGAGAGCUCAGCCCCCAGUGCAGCUGUCGUCUCCACCACCGUCACCAUGUCGGUGAGCUCAGGCCCUUCCUCAACAUCCUCUACCACCACCAUGUUCAAGCCCAUCUUCGGCAGCGUCAUCACAGCUUCAGCUCCAGUAAACACCUCUCCUUUUGCCUUCCAACCAUCAUUGCAGCCGGCCUCGGCUUCAGAGCUGCCUGCGGCCUCCACAGCGACCCUGGCAGGAUUCACAGGUCUCCCUAAUGUCAUCUUCACCACGGCAGCUAUGACAGCCACCACAGAGAGCUCCUUCACAGACGCCACCAUUAAACCUGUCUUCAGCUUUGGCCUCAACACACCCGCCUCCACCAGCCCCACCACCAGCCUGACCAUCACCACUGCCACAGCUACCAGCAUGUCACAGCCCUUCCUGUUUGGGGGCCCAGCCACCUCAGCUCCCAGCACAGAAAUCAGCUUCGCCACCCCAGGGUCCAUGCUCCAGUUUGGAAAGCCAACUCCAGCCACAGUCGCUGCCACCACCAGUGUCCCAGGAGGCCCUGCCUUUGGCCAAGUGCCUUCAAACUUGAUGGCUCCUGCCACUACUGUGGGCUUUAGCAUAUUCGGCGGGACCACGCUGACCUCUUCUACCCCCGCCACCACAAGCCAAGUGACACUGACAUUCGGCUCACCUGCUUCAGCUUUUGGCAGUUGCGCCGGCGCAGCUGAGAGCCAGCCACCCAGCAGCCAGCCCGCUGCUGGCCCCGGCAGCUUUGCCCCCCAGUUCAGCUUUGGAGCCCCCCCAGCCCAGUUGGCUGCUCAGCCGACGUUCGGCAGCAGUGCUCAGCCAGCCUUUGGCACAGCCAGUGCCCAAGGCUCCUUUGGCACCAGCAGCACCCAGGCAGCAUUCGGGACCACCACAUCAGUCUUCUCUUUCGGGACAGCCACCUCCACCACCGCCAGCUUUGGUUCCACCACCCAGACCACGAGCAGCAGCAGCACUGGCGCUGCCAUCUUUGGCACCACUCCUUCUCCUUUCACCUUUGGGGUGACCGCCCAGCCGGGCCCCUCCACCAGUGCCUUCGGGGUCGGCACUCCAGCCCUGAGCAGCGGCUCCCCUGCCGUGGCUUUCAGCUUCGGGGCUGGGCAGAGCGGGGCAGCCCUGGCAGCAACACCAUUCGGCUCCUCCCUGGCGCAGAGUGCGCUGGGUGCACAGAGUCAGAGCACGCCCUUCGCCUUCACCAUGCCCAGCACACCCAACAGCAAGCCUGUGUUUGGAGGAAGUCCUGCACCCACCUUUGGGCAAAGCACACCCGUCCCAGGAGCAGUGGGGAGUGGAAGCAGCAGCCUUUCCUUCAGGACUCCCAGCACUCCUGCCUCAGGCUUUGGAGGAGUCGGCACUUCCUUUGGUUCGUCCACCCCCGCCUUUUCCAUCGGGGCAGGAUCCAAGGCCGGUGCUCGCCAGCGGCUACAGGCACGGAGACAGCAUACCCGCAAAAAGUAACGGCCAGUGCUGCUGGCCCCCCACCCGCGGGGGCUCCGGUCCAGAACAGCCCAGAGGUGGGACCGGAAUGAUGGGGCCAGGCCCCGUCUCUGCUGCAGGCAAGAAACCGUGCUGGGUGGCAGCACCUGAGGUGUUGAACCAAAAACUUGUUACUUGAAAGUUCCACAGCCAAGGCUGAAUGAACCUGUGUACAUAUCUGCAGUGUUUCCUUCCUGGCUUUAUUUUGCCAUGUUUCAUUAGGUGUAACCUUUUCCCCAUGUGCUUCUCCUCGCUGAGCACCCCCAGCCAGCCCCCAUCACGCGGCACGGCAGGCAGCAGAGCCCCACGGCUGCAGGGGGGCUGCGGUUCUGGGCUCCUGAGGGAUGCCGUCUUCGCCAGGUCUCAAAAUCUUUCCCCGCUGUUUGACCCUGUGGCCUGGUGAACGCGCUGCCUCCGCAGGGCUCUGCUUUGUUGCCCUCCCCGCAGCAGAGGAGCUGGGGCUAGCGCCGGCCUGGCUUGGGCCCCCCAGUGCUGUGGGUGACCAGCCCGGCCUCCGCAAUGCGGCGACGGCCCCUGGUACCUCAGCCGGGGAUGAGGGUGUUUUCCCCCCCCAGCUCUCACUGCUCCCACCGCCCUGCUCGUGUAAAGCCCCUUCUUGUUUUGCUUUAUUUGUGCUCCCAUUCCCAUGCACUCAUUGAAUCAAGUUUGGAGGAAGAA